AUGCAGGUGAGUUUGUCUUGCUUGAGCAAAGAUGCUGGGGGAUACAUUGAUGAGUUAAAGGGGUUUCAGCAUUUGAGUGGAAAUCUUCAUAUUUCAGGGCUUCAAAAUAUCAAACAUGCUGAGGAUGCUUUGGAGGCCAAACUGAGGGACAAGAAGCUCAGUGAAAUACAUUUGAAAUGGGAAGGUGACACUGCUGAUUCUCAAAACGAUAGCCGAGUGCUGGGCAACCUGCAGCCCAAUACAAACCUAAAGGUACUGGCUAUAAAGGGAUACGGAGGUAUAAAGUUUCCAGGUUGGUUAGGAGAUGAGUCUUUCUCUAAUCUCAUCACUCUCCGACUUGAGAAUUGUGGAUAUUGUUUCUCCCUGCCAGCAUUGGGGCGGCUAACGUCCCUCAAAAGGCUUGAAAUUGAUGGGUUGAAUGGAGUGGAAUUAGUGGGGUCUGAGUUUUAUGGGCCUGCAUUUAAAUCUCUGGAGUUUCUGAGUUUCCGCAGUAUGCGGGAAUGGCAAGAGUGGUGUUUCCCUGGAGGUGAAGAAGAAGAAGGCGGACAUUUUCCUAAUCUUUGCGAGCUUAGUCUGGAGAACUGUCCCAAACUAACGGGGAAAUUACCGUUAUACUACUUCCCAAGACUUGAGCGGCUAAUUUUGCAGAAAGUUAAUAUCGAAUCCCUUGCUUGUUCGCAAGAAUGCAAUAAAUUCAAUAUUGAACUCCCAUCCCUCCGUGACUUGGGAAUAUCAGAUUGCCCGAAUCUGGUAUGUUUUGUGGGUGGUGGAGUGCUGCUUGCGCCCAACUUGAAGAGGAUAUCUAUGUGCCGUUUUAAAAACUUGUGGUCAGUGCCAGAGGAGAUGCACGCCUCUCUCCCGUCUCUUCAGUCUCUGUCCAUGGAAGAGUGUGAAGAAUUUAAAUCAUUUCCUGAAGAAUCUAAAUUCCCAUCCCUCUAUUAUUUGAAGAUAAAGGAGUGCCCAGAAUUUGUGGGUUUCCCCCAUGGAGGACUGCAAGCGCCCAACUUGAAGAUGAUGAAAAUCUAUGAAUGUAACAAAUUCGGGUCAGUGCCAGAGGAGAUGCACGCCUCUCUCCCGUCUCUUCAGUCUCUGUUCAUAGAAGGGUGUAAAGAAUUUAAAUCAUUUCUGGAAGAAUCUAAAUUCCCAUCGCUUGAUGAUUUGAGGAUAUACAAAUGCCCAGAAUUUGUGGGUUUCCUCUAUGGAGGAGGACUGCAAGCGCCCAACUUGAAGAGGAUGGAAAUCAAAGAAUGCAAUGAAUUCAGGUCACUGCCAGAGGAGAUGCACGCCUCUCUCCCGUCUCUUCAGUCUCUGUCCAUACUAGGGAGUAAAGAAUUUAAAUCAUUUCCGGAAGAAUCUAAAUUCCCAUCCCUCAAUAAUUUGUAUAUAAUGAAUUGCCCAGAAUUCAGGUCACUACCAGAGGAGAUGCACGCCUCUCUCCCAUCUCUUCAGUCUCUGUCCAUAGAAGGGUGUAAAGAAUUUAAAUUCCCAUCCCUUAAUCAUUUGUGUAUAAUGAAUUGCCCAGAAUUCAGGUCACUGCCAGAGGAGAUGCACGCCUGUCUGUCUCCCUUCUCUUCAGUCUCUGUACAUACAAGGGAGUAAAGAAUUUAAAUCAUUUCCGGAAGAAUCUAAAUUCCCAUCUCUCUCGUAUUUGAAUAUAUGGUAUUGUCCAGAAUUGGAAUCAUUUCCGGAAGGGGGAUUGCCGUCCAAAUUGCUUUCACUCAGAAUCGGGAGUUGUAAAAAACUGAUGGCAAACCGUAUGCGGUGGGGUCUACAAACACUCACCUCUCUCGAAAGAUUGGAUGUCAGCUUCUCAGAAUGUGAAGAAGAAGAAAUUGGCGAAUCAUUUCCAGAAGAGGGGCAGCUGCCAACCACUCUCACUUCUCUCGGAAUCUUCCAGCAUCCGAAUCUGAAAACAAUUGACGGCAAGGCGUUAAGACACCUCAUCUCUCUCAAGGAGUUGAACAUUUUUUUUUGUCCUCGACUCCAGAGCUUGCCAGAUGAAGGGCUACCCACUUCUCUUUCUGGUCUAGAAAUCCGCGAGUGUGAUUUGCUAACACAACGGUGCCGGAGAGACACGGGAGAAGAUUGGGCCAAGAUUUCUCACAUCCCCAAGGUAGUGAUUGAUAACCGAAAGAUAUGAUUUGCAAUGGUACUCUUGUCCCAUAUAAACUUGAAAGUAUUUGCGAUAGAAAGAUACGGAGCUACAAAAAUUCCAAAUCGGUUAGGAGAUGACUUGUUCGUUCUCUCAUCUUGUUACUCUUCGACUUGUGGAUUGUGAACAUUGUUUUUCAAUGCCAGCAUUGGCACAGCUACCAUCUCUCAGAAGGCUUGACACUGAUGGGUUAAAUGGAGUGGAAUUGUUCCUCUUUUCUUAUUGUGUCUUACGGUGGUUCUAUUAUACGACAGUUUGUUGUAUCGAACUAGUCUUCGGUGAAAAAGGAGCUUCAACAAGUCUAUGAGCUCUAGUUUUCGAAUUUCCUUUUUCAAGUUUGUUUCCAAAUUAUGUCUAUUGAGAGGUAGAUUUUGGUACUUUGUAGAAUUCGAAUUCAAAUGUUUGGUUUGUAAAAUAUGGAUGAUGAUUUCAUUUCUGUGGAACUGUGAAUCUAUGAUCAUGCUUGAAUGUUGUCAGACCAUUAUCUAUUCUAAAAUUGAGGAGGGAUUUGACUGUAGCUUAGCUACAGUCAAAUGAUUGACCCUCGAUUUUGCUUUA